UAAACUUGAAGGAGAGUUGGAAAAAAAAAUCGAUAUCAUCGCUUAUACCGAGUUGAUACUGCCACUGCCCUUGGUAUCGACAGUGUCGAUAUUUGUCUCGAUCCUCCCAGCCCUGUCCGUAGCGAGGGGAAGAAGGCAGAAGAGGCAAAGCAUUUCCUUUCCUAUUGGCAUGAAAGAUAAGUUGGAAGAUUGAAAACAAAUGGAUGACAAAGCAAAGAGGAAGAAAGUGAUGAUGCCGAUGACCAAACACGAGGCAGGGACCCGAGGACAACUUUUUUUGAUUGGACAUUGUUUUUGAUAUCACGGUGUCAUGACGGAACUUUUUUCCCACGGAGGAUAAAAGAGAUACACCCGUCUCGGAGUUGUGAGGAAAAAGUACAAAUCCGAGUUUUUUCCCCCCCCACGUCACGGGUUCAAACAUAGGCUGGAAAAAUGGAAUAAGUUCUGAGGGGAAAAAGUGCAAUUCCACAAAGGAGCGGCAGUUUUUUUUGUUUUUUUUUUAAACAGGAAACACUCCCAAAAAAAGAAUAACGGAAUUUAAACGUGUUUUGGGUGGACUCACCUACCCACAAGACUUGGGGUUGGAACAACACUCCAUAAAAGAGUAGAAAAAACGGCCCAAUGAAAAUGUUAACCGGGUGAAUUAAGAAGUUGGACAAAUAGCCAGAAGCCCAAUGAGUGGGACGCAGUCAACACUCACUGAUAGGACCCCAAGCAUUCUCAACAAGGAGCCGACAGAGAGGAAGCCAAAGAAUGACAAAUCCUCUGUCUCGCUCAAACACGAGUUUGACCCCACCGGUCUCGUCCAGCGAUGUGUGAUAAUCCAGAGAGAUGAAAAUGGAUUUGGCCUGACAGUAAGUGGAGACAAUCCUGUGUUUGUGCAGCUGGUCAAAGAAGAUGGAGCUGCAAUGCGAGCGGGCGUCCAGACAGGAGAUAGAAUCAUUAAGGUUAACGGGACCUUAGUCACUCAAUCAAACCACAUUGAAGUUGUUAAGCUUAUAAAGUCCGGCUCCUACGUAGCCCUGACAGUGCUGGGCAGACCUCCAGGUCUUCCUCAGAUCCACCUGGAGGAGCACGAGGACAAAGAGGAGGAGCAUGAGGAGGGCAAGGGAGAGGAGGAGGAUCAGAUGCAGAACUCACCUGGCGGGGAGCGACGUGGCAGCAGCCCUGAGGCACACCCUGCCUCCCCCUUGUCUGAUGGGGAUGGAUCCACAGUUUCUUGGAAAACCGAGGUUGACGAGGCCGAUUAUGCCGUCUCUUCGUUUGGAGACAUGGCUAACGAAGGGCCUCGUACCAACAACACAUUGUUGAGCGGCGGCGGUGGCCGAGGCCUCAUCCCUCCAGAUACGGGACAAACGCCCCAUCAGAGUCCUGAUGUCAGCCGCCGAGAUGGCCUCAACUCCUGCUCGUCUCUCAACACCGAGGACACCCAUAAGACUGACAUCAGUGCCCAGUGCAUUGUGGGCUGCCCUCCGUACCUCAUCCACCCUCAAAUUAUCGGAGCAGAAGAUGACUACUUUGACUCGCAGCAGGAGCAGAUUAACGGCCAGUGCAGCUGUUUCCAGAGCAUCGACUUGCUGAAGGGUCGGCCUGCUCACCUCGCCGUCUUCCUCCAUCACGUCGUCUCCCAGUUUGACCCCGCCCCACUGCUGUGUUUUCUCUACGCCGACAUACACAAGCAAACAACCGCCAAAGAAAGUCGUCGCUUCUUCAUGGAAUUCCACUCCCUCUUCAUGGAUCGCACAGCUAACCUUAAAGUCCCAGUUCCAGAUGCAGUCGCUGCUGAACUUGAGAAACGCAGGCUGGAGUUAAUUCCGGAAGAAGUUUGCAAACAACACACGCAAACCUUACAGGACUCGCUGCUGACAGACCUACACAAGAACCUGGACGACUUCAGACAGAAACGCAGCAUGGGACUGACCCUGGCUGAGGACGAGCUAUCCAAGCUUGACUCAGACAACGGAGGAAAAGAUCCGCUGGUCUGGGAGAGGGAAUGCUCCUGUGCCGAACACAUUCUCUCCAAGAUUGAGGACAUCCUAUUCACGUCGCAGCCCUCAGAAGAGGACAAGUGCCAAACAAUGCAGUAUGUCAUUCUCACCUACAUGAAGCACCUCGGGGUGAAAGUGAAGGAACCUCGCGGCCUGGAGCAGAAACGAGCGCGCAUCAAUUUUCUGCCCAAGAUUAAGGUGUGUGUUUUUAACCAACAGAAAAGCAUCAAGCCAGAGAAAGAAGGCGAGGAGAAGGUGAAAAAGCCUAGAUUUCCCAACAUCCUUGUCCCUCCCCGCCGUCUCAGCAGAGUAGACUCCACUUCGGUUGGCAAGGCUGUGGAGGUGAACAAGCAGCGUUCCCCAAAGCUGCUCCCUCAGGCGGCUUUUGGCAUCCCUGAGCCUUCAGACUCGUCCCCGUCAAAUUCCGGACGUGUCCGUGGGAAUCAGCUCAGCGAGGGAUCGGACGCCGGCAGCCACGUUUUGCCUUUGAACCCCUCGUCCACGCACAGUUCCCCCACCACUUUGACCUCAGACACCAGUGGACAAGACUCAGACACCAACGUGUCACCGUUCUCCAUCCAGCCCCGACUGGGCGAGGUUCUGGCGUCCGGCGAGCACCAGGAUGGCGUCUCCAGCCCAACAAGCACUCAGUUCGACUUUAGCCCUUCAAACCUGGAACACUUACAGGAGGAAGGAGACCAAGACUCUUUCAGGAUGGAGGUGCAGUGCGCGUCGAGUGCGGCUGACGUCCAGAGCGAGGACGACCAGGUGUGUGAGGCGGAGAGCGAGGAGGAUCCUCUGAACUGGCAAAGCCUGGUGAGCCGCGACGUGCUGGCGGGCUUGACACCGCAGGAGAUCAAGAGACAAGAGGUCAUCAACGAGCUGUUUUACACCGAACGAGCCCACCUGCGCAUGCUCAAAGUGCUGGACGGUGUUUUCUACCAGAGGCUGAGCAGAGAUGCCAUUCUGCCUUCAGAAGACAUCAAGAACAUCUUCACCAACCUGGAGGAGAUCAUCCAGCUGCACGUUUCCUUAACAGAACAAAUGGCAGCGAUUAGAAAAAGGAGUGAGACUUCUGUCAUAGGUCAGAUCGGAGAGGAUCUCUUGGCUUGGUUCAGCGGCGAGGAAGAGGAGAAGAUAAAAAGAGCGGUUGCCACCUUCUGCAGCAACCAGCCGUCCGCCCUGGAGCUCAUCAAGACCAAGAAGAAGAAAGACCAGAGGUUUACCUUGUUUAUGCGGGAGGCCGAGAGAAACCGCCUGUGUCGCCGGUUGCAGCUCAAAGACAUCAUUCCUGUGGAGAUGCAGCGAGCGACCAAGUACCCGCUUCUCUUGGAGAAGAUUGCCAAGUACACGGAGGAUGACGAGGAGGACGCUGACAAGGUGAAGAAAGCCGGGGAAUGCUGCAAGCAGAUUCUCAACCAUGUCAACCAAGCCGUCAAAGAGGCCGAGAACAAGCAGAGGCUGGUGGAUUAUCAGAGAAGGUUGGACAUCUCGUCACUGAAACCCAACGAGAACCCGCUCAUCCUGGAGCUGAGGAACCUGGACCUCACUAAGAGGACGAUGGUCCACGAAGGACCGCUCUCCUGGAAGGUCAACAAAGACAAAAGAAUUGACCUCUACACGCUCCUCCUGGAGGACAUUUUGGUUCUGCUCCAGAAGCAGGACGAGCGUUUGGUGCUCAAGUUCCACAGCAAGAACGUGGCCAGCGCCGCAGACACCAAACUCGCCUUCAGCCCCGUCAUCAAACUCAACACCGUGCUGGUCCGGCCCGUCGCCACAAACAACAAGUCCUUCUUCGUGCUCUCCAUGUCGGACAACGGGGCUCAGAUCUACGAGCUGACGGCUCAGAGCGUGUCCGACCAGAGAACGUGGCAGUGUCUGAUCACGCAGUGCGCCGACGCCAUGAAGGCCAGAUCGCACAGCAGCGACACAACUUCGACUCCAUCCGAGGGGGUGCAGGAAGCCAUCGAGAUCAUCAACGGUGGGAUGGAGAAGCCGAGCAAAGAUGGCAACGACCCCUCAGAGUCUUCAGACAUACAGGCGGCUCCCACAACCCCCAGCGGUCCCUUCGACGGCACUAAGUCCGAGGACGAGGAGGAGGCGGAAGUGGAGGCGGAGGAGCCGUCUGCGGCGGAAAGACGGGAAGAAGAGGAAGAAGACGGCGAGGUGGACGAGGAGGAGCUGGAGGCCUUCCUAGAUGGUCAGCUGGGCGACAGGUUGCCCUUCCUGCAGGAGGGUUGUCGUCAGGGCAUCGCCAUAGAGAGCGGCGAGGGCGAGAUGUUCGUGUCGCAACCCUCCAAGGCUGAAGAAGCUCUGAGAACAUUGGUGACGCUGAAGCAUUUUCUUUUCAACCACAUGAUGGCCAGCGAGGCGGCGGGAGGGAACGGCGAAGGCCGUGAUUGUCACAUGACCUCCCCUCCCGACACCCCUGAAGGUCCAAUACCUGGGUGUAAAGUGGGCGGAGCUUGUGAAAGCUCAGAAAAAGACGACAUUCAAACUGAACGCAACGGUGACUUCGUGGUUCUGGAUCCAGGCGGGGCCUCCGAAGACGACGACGGCGGAGACGCGGGGAUCGACAUGAGCAAGCUGCUGUCCUCGUCCUCACAGACGGAGGGCGGCGGGCCCAACCUCAGCCGCCAGCUCAUGACGCACCUGCGCCUCCUGCAGGCCGACCUGCAGUACCUCAAGGAAGUGGAGCUGAAGUACAACCAGCUGCAAGGGACACUGUCUGACACGCCAACUAAUUUAGAUAAUGAUGGGAUUCAGUGACGGCAGUCUUCCCGUUAUCACUAAAAGGACUUGAAGGCAUCACGGAAAAAACACUGAAGAUUGUCGUUUAUUCUUCCGAUGACACUGGAUAUACGGCGGGGGGUCACUGGCAUUACUCCCAUGGGACUUACCGGUAAAUGGAGCCUCGAUAACCUGCCAUGUGGACGUCUUCUUAUUGUUGUAAGUCUCCAAAAGCUACACUUCACACUGUCUUUGCGUCCUUUGCUUUUCGGUACACCUUAGACCAAGACUGCACAAAAUCCAAUCAAGAAAAGAUAUAUAUAUAUAUAUAU